UACAGUCAGCGGUAACCCCGUCUAGUCCAAAGCCUUGUCUUCACUCAACACAACAGUUUGUAGAACACAAGAUGUAUUGAUGAAGAAAAACUACGAAAUCUCCAUUCCUGGAUGUCUGAUCGCCGUGUGCUUGUUCAGUAAUAAUCUCUACUUAUCCUGCGAUCGUUUGAUGCCUGGAGGCAGGAAAUUUAGUAGUCUUAAGGCCAGUACAAUCUCCGGAGUCCGAGGAACUCAAAACCCUACUAAAAGUUGCCGAAACGGAUCUUCCAGUACCGGUGGACACCACACAAUCUCUUCUCUCUUAACCGUUCCUCCCGUUUUCCACUUUCAACCACCCAAAGUUCCAGUUUUCACGAUGAUGGGAUUUGAAGUACUGUUUUUUUCUUACUUACUAUCGGCACUAGUUCUUCAGUACAUCAAUAUAUACAAGCUGAAUUUCCAUGUGGUAGAUCCAUACCUUCUGGCUUCAGAAGUGCUUUACAAUAUCAAAUAUGUCAGUGUUUUGCUGUUAAGAAUGGUAUUAGUUUCUUUCUUCUCCAUAAUAUCAGUCUGGUUGCUAUGGAAACUGUUUCAGCAUAAUGCUAUUCCAAACUACCUCUUSUUGGUUUACCCUGUGAUAAUGUAUCUGUGUGUGUUUGGAUUUACUCUGGACCCACAAGGCAACAAAGUAAUGUUUAAAUUAAGCCCUCACAUUGAGCUGCUACAUCAAAUGGACCCGUUAAUAAACAAGAAUAUGGACCGAAAAGCACUACACAAUGUGGAGUCCAAGGACAGAACGCUGCUGGAAACCCCAUGUAACCUUCCACCUGAUGCAGUACGGUAUGAAGCUGAAUGCCUUCGCACAGAUUUUAACUGGAGAGUAAAGCAAGUCUUGUUCCAGUCUUUGGUUUCAGCGUAUUUUGUUGGGUUUAUUCCUAUGAGAUUUUCUGAGCAACACUAUAUUUAUUACGAUCUGUGGUGGGCAUUACAACAAACACUAUUCAUCUGGUUAAGUUCAUUAAUGAUGCUAAUGAUGUACAUGUUACCGCUGAACUACUGUGAUGCGUUACAUAAAUGUGCUGCUCAUCUUGGAGGCUGGGAACGAUAUUCUUGUGGACAAAGAGACACACCUCAUAUAUGGUCACCAAUAACAGUGUGGCCUCAGGGAGUACUUGUACGAUAUAACAAAGUACUAUACCGUGGUCUAGGAGUGCAUAAUGUAGCUGUUCCUUCAGAUCCUCAUCACGCUAGAUUUUUUUUCAUGUUCGAGUCUCCAUUACGGUUACUGAACUGGAUGGCCAGUGCACUACUCACUCUAGUCGUGUACCAGUUGUUCCUGAUCACAAGGUGUUCUUACUGGCACCAACUGAUGUCUAUCAUUGGCAUGCUUCUAUUUAACUACGCUACGCUCUACAGAGUCCUCAGAGAUCGCUGGACACUGCAGGGAUCCGUAAAACAGAAAGACACAGGACAAGAUGAUGACGAUGACGACGACGAUGACGAUGACUAACGACGAUCACAAGCACUAAUUUUUUCUAUUAAAAGAUUCGGAAAUUCUUAGCUAUAUUCAAAGAGGCAUAGACCCUAAUUAGUAAGACUACAAUAGUUUGGACGGUGACGUAAGCGAUGACGUCAGAAAUAUGAAGUAUGGACAGUAACAGUAAUAAAUAACAACAGUUGAAAACAGUAACAAAAGAAAAAAUAAAA